AUAAAUUCAGUAAUUACCUUAUAAAUUCAGUAAUUACAACUUUCCAUUAUCGGAAUCAUCAGAACAAAAACGAAAAUUUUGACUAAUCUUACGCCGCCGUAGAUCUUUCAUGAACGGCGGCGGAAGACCACGGUGGAAGAACAAAAAAGCGUCAGGACGUUCAAUCUUCAUUUCCUCUCUCCUCAUUCUCUUCCUCGUCUUCUUCAUCUUCUACAAAGAGAUCUCCACCUUCAUCCUUCCACUCUCCACACAAUCUCUCUCCUCCGAAUUCUCACAAUGCGAAGUAAAAACCGUCGAAAAGUUCCUCUGGUACGCCCCGCACAGCGGUUUCAGCAAUCAGCUCUCCGAGUUCAAAACCGCCAUUUUAAUGGCGGCAAUUCUUAAUCGGACGUUAAUUGUUCCUCCAGUUCUGGAUCACCAUGCCGUCGCGCUUGGUAGUUGCCCUAAGUUUAGGGUUUUGGAACCUAAGCAGCUUAGAUUUGAGGUUUGGGAUCACGCCAUUGAUUUGCUUAAGGAAGGAAGGUAUGUCUCCAUGGCAGAGAUCAUCGAUCUUUCUUCAAUAUCAACUGUUGUUCAAACAAUAGAUUUCCGACAUUUUGUCUCGUUGUGGUGCGGUGUGAGCUUAAAUUCUCUUUGCUCAUAUGACCCAAAUAUCCAGAUACCAUUGCUGAACAAUCUGAGAAAAUGUGGGUCUUUUGUAUCUGGAUUUCGUGGUAAUGUGGGUAAGUGUUUGUAUGCUCUUGAUGUAGAUUGCAGAACUACAGUCUGGACCUAUCAAGAGAAUGAUUCAGAUGGGGGCUUGGAUUCCUUUCAGCCUAAUGAACAACUCAAAACAAAAAAGAAAAUGUCAUAUGUUAGGCAUAGACGAGAUGUGUAUAAAAAUCUUGGGCCUAGUUCUGAAGCUCAUUUGUCCACUGUGCUAGCAUUUGGAAGUUUAUUCUCUGCCCCAUAUAGAGGCUCACAGCUCUACGUCGACAUUAAAGAAUCUCCAAAAGAUCAUCAAAUGCAAACCUUGCUUCGUAAGAUUGAAUUUAUGCCAUUUGUUCCAGACAUCAUAAACGCAGGGAAGGAGUUUGCCCAGAAGAAUAUUGGAGCACCGUUUCUUUGUGCACAACUAAGGUUGUUAGAUGGGCAAUUCAAGAAUCAUUGGAAGACAACCUUUUCAGUGCUUAAGCAAAAGGUUGAAGCAUUACAACAGAAGGGCUCUCACCCUAUUAAUCUUUUUGUGAUGACUGAUCUUCCCAGAAGUAACUGGAGCGGCUGCUACCUGGGAGACUUGGCCAGCAACGUAAAGUCAUUCAAACUUCAUGUUUUGAGUGAAAGAGAGGAAGUAGUGAAAAGAACUGCAGCUAAGGUUACAGCUGCUUUUGAUGGAAUUAAGCGUACUCAUUGCUCUCGUCAAUCACUUGAUGUUCUUCUUUUUGUAGAGGAGACUAUUUGUAGCUGUGCUUCUUUGGGAUUCGUAGGGACAGCUGGGUCUACAAUCGCAGAAAACAUAGAGCUGAUGAGAAAGAACAAAGUCUGUUUAAGAGAUGAUGAGAUUGAAGUGUGACUCCAUAAAAUAUAGAGUGAUCGUGAAUUGUUGGUUAUUUCAUGAAUCUUCUCAUGGCCUGUCAAAUUGAUUUCCUGUCUAAUGGGAUUCUGGAACUCUAGUCUCGGUGACCAACGGAAUGCUGCUCAGCCUGCAUCUAUCUUUGCUGGAUUCCUGGAAAUAAAACACGACGAGCUGCUGAUAAAAUCAUGAAGCCUAGUGAUUGCUGCAAUAGUCGCUGUUAUUGUUAUUGGCUGUCUUCCUGCUACAUUCUUUUGCAAGCCUGAUCUGUUACAACUCAAAGGUAUGCGUGCAAUUAAACUCUGUCAGUAACAAUAAAGAUUUACAAUAUCAUAUAAUUAUUACAGCGUACAAAUAAAUUGAAAGUCUUUUAAGUUAAUUUCAGGAUUUCCUUACCAUUCCCCCUCAUCGAUAAGGAGAUUCAUCUUACCUUCUAAAAGAGAAAUGGUUAAUUCUCAUAGAUGUCCGCUUAGCUUUCUUACGAUCUUGUAGUUGUUCUUGACUUGGUUCUAUAUGAACGUAUGUAAUAAUAGAGUAUCAUAUUGGCCUGUUUGGUUCGGAGCUUUUUAGAGUAAAAAAAUAGUUUUUCGAUGCUAA